AUGCUCAAGGACGUCGACCUGCUGACGGACGCGGAAGCGCUCGUGGACGCUGACGGGCUCGAGGAGACCGACGCGCUCGUGGACGCCGAAGUGCUCGAGAAGGCCGACACGAUCGUGGACGCCAACGCGCUCGUGGACGUCGAGAUGCUCAAGGACGUGGACGUCGAGAUGCUCAAGGACGCCGACGCGCUCGUGGUGAACUUGAUGAACAAGCACAUACACCUCCUUCUGCUGCUCGGGGCUAACUUCACGAAGCUGUCGGGAUUGAGCUUCGGGCUGCGGCUCAAGGCUAUUCUCAUCCACAUCGUCCUCUUUGCCACUGGGUCUGCCAUAGUGGUGGAGGAGCUGUUAGCGUCGUAG